AUGAUUGUAUGCUUACAAAUUAAUAAUGAGUUAUGGUUAUUAGUUCAUUAUUGUGAUAGUUGUGUGUUCUCUAUUUCCUUCCAUUGCCAGCAUGCAUGUUUCAGGAAGCCAAAAGUUAUAGUCCUAAGUGUGACGCAGCAAAACAGCAGUGAAAGGAACUACAGCUCUCCAUCCGGAGAUGUUAAAUCUCUGCGUUCUGUCAUUAAUCCUCAUAUAUCCAGAAUCCGUAACAUUGGUAUCAUGGCCCAUAUUGACGCAGGGAAAACAACAACAACGGAAAGAAUGCUGUAUUACUCUGGAUACAUAAGAACACUUGGAGAUGUUGAUGAUGGAGACACAGUAACAGAUUUUAUGGUACAAGAACGAGAACGUGGUAUUACCAUUCAAUCUGCUGCUGUUACUUUUGACUGGAAGGACUACAGAAUCAAUCUGAUUGACACCCCAGGUCAUGUGGACUUCACAGUGGAAGUUGAACGUUGCUUGAGAGUGCUGGAUGGAGCAGUAGCAGUGUUUGAUGCUUCAGCUGGUGUCGAGGCCCAAACUCUGACAGUGUGGAGACAAGCAGACAAACAUCAGAUACCACGAAUCUGCUUUUUGAACAAGAUGGACAAAAAUAGGGCAAGUUUUACAUAUGCUGUUGAGAGUAUCAAACAAAAGUUGAAGACAAAACCUUUGCUUUUACAGUUGCCCAUUGGGGAAGCCAAAACCUUCAGAGGACUGGUUGAUGUUGUGACUAAGGAGCAAAUGAUUUGGAAACCUACAUCUGAUUUGGAUGAUGGAAAACUUUUUGAGCAAAAGCCACUGCUAGAGUCGGAUGAUCCCAGCCUGUUCCAGGAAGUGCAGGAUGCUAGAAAUACCUUAAUAGAACAAGUAAAGUUCUAAAGUAAAUGCAUAUUGCAUUUAAAACAGUUAUUUAGAACAAAGGGACCUCUGGAGGCAUCUGGUGCAAUGAUUUGCUAAAAACAGGGCUAACUUCAGCUUUAGAUCGAGUUGCUCUGGCCCUUGUUCAGCUGUGCUUUCAGGGUUUCUAAGGAUGGAAAUUCAGUCUUUCUAGGCAACGUAUCCCAGUGUUUGAUCAUUUUUGCAGACACAUUAUUUCUUUUUGUCUGUAUAGAAAUUUCCUGAGUUGUUAUGGCAGCGCUUCUCGUCCUUUCCUUGUGCACCUCUCUAUGUAAAGAAUCUGGCUUUGUUUUCCCUGAAACAACCAUUGCAGAUCGUGGGUAGUAGGAGGCAGCAUAUACAUUCUUCCUUUUCCCAAGUUAAACAUACUCAUCUCUUUGGGUCUCCCACUGUGUUCUGACAUACCAUCUUGUGGUUUUCAGUUGGAUUUCCCACUGUUUGUAUGUUUUUUUGUGCUGGGAAACCUAAAAUCACGGUGUCUAAAAUGUAGCUUCACAAGUAGAGGGUGAGUAGCUGGUGAUAACUGCUUGCCUUUAUCCACUCAGUACUUCUGCUGAUACAGCCCAUUAUGCAGUUAGCAUUUGUCAAAGGGUGUGUUGCUGAUUUAUUCUCGUUGAUCAAGCAGGACCAGAAGUUGUCUUUAGCUCCACAGACCUACUUCCUAGGUAUUUGAUCCCCAUUCUGUAUUAGUACAUGGAUUUGUUUUGUCACAGGUGCAAGGUACUGCAUUUGUCCUUGAUGAACUGAUUUCAAAUUUUCUUCAUUUGCUUUUCUUUGAUAAAAGACUUUUACAGCAUAUUGUGACGUGUGAUGGCAGAACGUGCUUAAUAUAGUCAGCUGGACUCUGUGGCUGCAUGGCUGCAUGUUACUUGUGCAAAAUGGCAAAUACUCCCUAUUUCAUAAAUAGUGAGCUCAUUAAAAAAAGACCCUAAAUUUAGUAUCAAGUUGGUUAACAUGGCAUCUUUUGCCAUCUUAGAUCCCAAAGGAUACUUGGAACAUUCACAUUGGGCUCAAACCCAGAACCUGCAGCUUAUUCAUACUCUUCUGGAAUGACAACUAGAAACUGGAUGAGUUGUCAGGGUCUGUUCCAAAUAACACUAAAUGCUAUGCUAGAGGAAACUGGAUCUCAUCAUAAAGAGCAAAUCCAUCCAUAAGGUCCAUUGGAGAGAUGAGAGGAAAUUGUAAUAGAAGCGUGGUUUGCCUGAUCCUAGCGUCUAAUGGGUUUUGCAGAGCUGAGACAGCUUAGAAGUUGAAGAAUAAUAAAGUGAAAGAGUGUCUGUGAGCUA